GCGACCGUUCGGCUUCCUCUCGCACAUGCUCAGUGUACGACCUUUAAAAGUGAUUUAUUUGGGCUCUCGGUGUGUGUGCAGCAGAUGACAAUGUUUCUGGUGAGGACAGCUACGCGGACGGCGGUGCGGACAAACUCCUGCAGGUCGUUUUGUGUCUCACACACUCACCUGAGCGACAGAAAGGGUCUGGUGCUGGGAGUGUUUGAGAAGAAGGAGGAGGAGGAGGAGGGCACUCUUCAUCUGACAGAGGCGGCUGCAGGGUUUGACAAGUCUCUCUCCGGAAAGCUCUCUGAGCUGCUCAAACUCUCUGGGCCUGCACUCAAGAACGGCAAAAGCAGAGUAUUUUAUGGACUUCACAAGGACUUCCCAUGUGUAGCAGUAGUCGGUUUGGGUAAGAACAACGCAGGUGUUUGUGGCACGGAAAACUGGGACACCAGCAAGGAGAACAUCAGGCAGGCUGUGUCAGCUGGCUGCCGGUUGCUUCAGGACCUGGAGGUGAGCCACGUGGAGGUGGACAGCUGUGGUGAUGCCCAGUCAGCAGCAGAAGGCACCGUUCUGGGAUUGUUUCAGUAUGACCAGCUCAAAUCCAAGAAGAAGACCAAAGUAACAACGCAGCUUCACGGCAGCGCUGACGUGGUCGGCUGGGAGAAAGGCGUCAUGUAUGGAGAGGGCCAAAACCUGGCACGGCUUCUCAUGGAAGCGCCCGCCAAUCACAUCACGCCUACUGCUUUUGCCAAAACCAUUGAAGAGAAACUGGCUCCACAUGCUGAUCGAGUCACCAUACACAAGAGACCGCAGGCUUGGAUAGAGGAACAACAGAUGGGAGCCUUCCUUAGUGUGUCUAAAGGUUCAGAGGAGCCCCCUGUCUUCUUGGAGCUACAUUACAACGGUUCUCCUGACAGUAAGCAGCCUCCGCUGCUCCUAGUAGGAAAAGGCAUCACGUUUGACAGUGGGGGCAUUUCUCUGAAGCCCUCUGCCUCUAUGGAUGCGAUGAGGGCCGACAUGGGCGGAGCUGCCACGGUGUGCGCCUCCAUCGUCACAGCAGCAUCUCUGAAACUCCCUGUCAACAUUAUUGGUCUAGCCCCCUUAUGUGAGAACAUGCCCAGUGGGAAGGCUACUAAACCAGGUGACGUUGUCAGAGCCAAGAAUGGAAAAACAAUCCAGGUUGAUAAUACAGAUGCAGAGGGCAGACUGAUCCUCGCUGAUGCUCUCUGUUAUGGACAUGUCUUCAACCCCAGAGCCAUUGUCAAUGUUGCUACGCUAACAGGUGCGAUGGAUGUAGCGCUCGGCUCAGCAGCAGCAGGAGUCUUUACAAAUUCUGACUGGCUCUGGGAGCAGCUGCACAGGGCUAGUGUUGUGACAGGUGACAGGGUGUGGCGGAUGCCUCUGUUCCAGCACUACACCAAACAGGUGACUGACAGCCAGCUGGCUGACCUCAACAACGUUGGCAAGUACAGCCGCUCUGGUGGUGCAUGCACUGCAGCUGCAUUCCUGAGGGAGUUCGUCAAAGCUCCUCACUGGGCUCAUCUGGACAUCGCCGGUGUGAUGAGUAACAAAGACGAAAUCCCCUACCUGAGGAAAGGCAUGUCUGGAAGACCAACACGUACACUGGUGGAGUUUGCUGCUGGUCUAGCCCACAAUGGCUAAAAGGAGAUGGACAAGAAAAAUUGAUUAGACUCUUUUGCAAUCUUCUAGCAAGACUCAACAGUGAUUGUUCUGUAGGAACAGAGACCGAGGGCCUAACACAAUGGUCAAAUGCCACACAGUGUGAAACAGGCCACUGGAUAAACUGAUAUAAUUAUAUGAAAUGGAGAUAUUUUUGUAAAAUAUCUGGGCUUCACUGUUUCCAUAAACCACAUGCAUCAGUCUCAGACCAGUCCCUGGUCCUGUUGUCAUCCUGAAGCUGUGUAGCAUCAACAGUAUUUUUUGUAGUAUGAAUAAAUAAAUUCUUACUGGUAAAUAAAAA